UCCAUUCAUUCCACGAAAAAAUUUUGACAGUUCAAGCAGAGAAAAAAAAAUAACAAAGAACGAACGAAAAAAAUUCGGGAUAGGAUAUUUUCGACCAUUUUAAUCAAUUUAUUUGAAGAAAUCUACAAAAUUAAUUUUUCUAACAUAAAACCGACAAAGAGGAUAACGGAAAUGUUGCAUUCAUAGUGAAGACGUCACAUUUCAUUUAGUUUAUUUUGUGAUUUACAACUUCCGAACUGGGUUGUGCACGCACAUACAAACUUACAAUAUUAUAUACACUCGGAGCGCGACACGACAAGGAAGAAGAGAAAGAGAAACAGAAAAGAAAAAAUACCGACAAUAUUCAUGUAAUUGAAAAGGGGGCUUUGUAACAGAGCCGUUCUACAGAGAAAAAGGAUUUGUUCUACUUCUUUUUGAGGGAAGAAAAAGAAAAUGGAACAAAAUGCCAAUGAUCCGUUCGCAUCGGAAAACAGUGGUACGGCCCGAUUUAUAGGCGGCGGUGCAGCCACAGACCACUCCCUAGACAAUGGCUUGCCUGGCAGCUCCGGAGGACUGGGCGCUAAUACAGCUGGUACUGUAAGUGCUGCCCAUGAAUUUCAAACCAUUAAACCCGGCCUCAGCAGCGGCCUUAAACCAGCCGGACGAACUGAAAUUCCACACAGUGAAUUGGUCAAGAUGUUAUACUAUUUGGAAGGUGAACUGCAAGCCCGCGAUGUGGUUAUUGCCGCAUUGCGCAAUGAACGGGUUAAACAGUACAUUUCACAGCUCAAAGUGAAAAGGCUUCAGCCCAACGACCCCCAUGCGGCUAUAUUCCGUGACAAAAUUGCCCUAUCUGGCAAUCUGAUAUCACGGGAAUCCUCAACACAGGCUGCCCAAGCCGAAAUGGAAGUGCGUCAGAUAAUCGAACAGCAAAUGGAACAACAAUAUCAAAUGGUUAGCAAGCAAAGGGCCACACAUUUGCGUAUGGUUAGCAUACUCACCGAAUCGUUGGAGAACAAUCAACGUAUGCUGCAGGAACUGGAGGAGGAGAAACGCAAACAUGAACAUGAUACAGCUCAGGGUGAUGAUAUUACAUACGGUUUAGAAUUGGAACGUACCAAGCUGAGGCAAGAGCUAGAGGAGGAACGUGAAAAAGUGAAAAAGAUGGAGAAAGAUUUGAAAAAGUUACAAGAAACGCUGGACUUUGAGAGGAAUCGUCAGAAGCAAAUUGUGUUGCUGCUCAUUGCCGAACGAAAGAAAAUCAUGAUGAAGUAUAUCGAGGAGGGCAAACGUUCUGAAGAUCUGGCCCAAAUAUUGGCAGAGGAAAAGCAACGUUCCGACACCAUUGCCGAGGGCUUGGAGGAAGAAAGUAAAAAAUCUCUACGCAUGGAAGAGGAGUUGGAGAAACAGCAGGCAGCUUUUGAACAAGAACGUAAAAUACUCAAAUCCAAUUUGGCUAAAGAGGAAUUGAGGGUCAAAGAAUUGGAACAAGAGCUGCUGGCAUUGCGUGCCGAAAAUGAGGCUUUGAAAAAACAUCAACAACAAUUGCAACAAAAUGCAGCUUUAGCUGGCGGCAGUAGUGCCGCCAAGUCACGGGCUUUUAGUGCAGAAGAUGGAUGUGCCACAUCUAUGGUUAAUAUAGCAAAAAUUGUACAACCCACGGCUACGGUGUCUAGUGUCCCGGUAUCAGGUCCCACCACAGGUAUAGCACGAUCUCUUGCGCCAGGACAAAAUCUACGUACGGGUGUAGCAACAGCUCCUACUAUAACACCUUUACCUCAAAUGGCCACGGUGGUUUCCCAGCAACAACAACCGUCAUCAGCAUCGGCAUCACCAUCUUCAGCAUCGUCGGCAGCCGUGGCACCCUUAUCAUCCUUGGCGACCACAACAAGUGGUGAAACAAUGUUACCACCCUCACCGCUAACUUUAAAUCCUGUCAUACCCUCGCCAGUGGUUGCAGCUGCUGUGGCGCCACCAUCACCUUCACCUAAAAUGCAGCCUACCGCCACAAUACAAAGGGCACCAGGUGGAAAAUACUCUGCCCUGGCUGCCGCCGCUGCAGCUGGUCAUUCUCUGGAUCAAGCGCCUCCACCACAUCCGGUGCCCAUAGCCGUGCCGCCAGUUACAGUGCCACCAUCAGGGGCCCGUGGUGCACCACCACCCAUACCUCCUAAUAAACCCAUAGUACCACCAAAACGGGAGCCGUCGCUAUCACGUUUGGGUUCCAUAACUGGUGCUGCUGCUGCCGCGGCCGCUGCUGCAGCUGCCAAUGCAAAAAUUAAUUAAUUCAAUAGGAAAAGGAAUCACCGAACCAGGAAAACAGCAGCAACAACAACAAAAGAAAAUCAUUUCCCAAGGCAGUCAAGGAUCCGAGUUUUAAUCGGUUAGAACCUGUCAGCUCCAGAUCGACAUAACAAAGCAAGUUAGAAAAAAAUAUAUAGAGUAGAGUCGCAAAACCUAAGAAACCCAUCAACAACAACUACAAUAAUACUCUCUUAAAUUACUUUAUACACAUAUAUAUAUAUAAAUACAACAACAACAACAUACCUACAUAUAUUUGAUGAUCAGAUGAGAUGUUGAUCACGAUGACGAUGAUGAUGAAAAUACGUACGUAUACAUACAUAUAUAUAUACAAUUUAGAAAACUUGAAAAUUAUUCCAAAAUUUUGAAAACAAAACAAAAAAAGUAACGACAUAAAAUCCAAGAAGAAUAUCAUUCGAAUACCACAAAAGUAAUCUCAAAACAAUACAUCAAGGUACUGAUUUUCUUUUUCAUCACUCCCAUUCAAUAGCAUUUUGGAAGACAAGCAGAUGAAAGUUGAUGCAGGCCUGAAAAAUGGCUUUCAAACAUAUUUUGUGAGAAGAAGAUUCAUUUGGAAGGUUUAUACGACUUUUCAACGUCUACCAACAGAAAAGGAUUGAACCUUUGGAAGAAAAUGUCAACCAUGAAAAUCCAAUUUAGAAAAAAUACUUUAAGAGGUCCUGCUACAAAUCUUCCGUUUAUAAAUACUCUUUUUGAAAGAAAAUCAUUAUUGAAGAUUUUUGAAUGGUUUCCUACCUGAAAGACCUUUUAAAAAUAGACAAAGACAUGUCCUGCAGACAAAGAAGAUUUAAAAAAAUUGCCCAGAGUAGCCUUUUUUGAAUAAAAUGUCCAAUUUUUUUUUAAAGGAAUUGAAGACAUUUUGGAAAGUUUACGGUCUUUGUAAGAAAAAGAUUUUUUUUUUUUGAAGGUUUAGACGACUUUUCGACGUCGACAAAUAGAAUAUGGAUGCAUUUUUGGAGGGAAAUUUCAACCAUGAAAAUCCUAAAAAUAUAUAUUCUAUUUAGAAAAAAUACUUUAAAAGGUCCCCCUACAAAUCUUCCGUCUACAAAUGCUCUUUUUCCAUGUUCUGCCCAACAAAGAUAAUUAAAAAAACAAUUGCCCAGAAUAGUCUUUCUGAAAAAAUCCAAAACUUUGUAAAAGAAUAGAAGUUUACAGCCUGCAGAAAAAAGUUAAUAUGUUUUUUCAGCUCUUCGAAAAGGCCUUUUUAAGGAGCUUCAGUCUACCACAAAUUUUUCUAGAAUAGAAUUUUUGAAAAGCUAUAGACCAUUAAAGUAAAUUUUUUUAACAAAAAGAAAAUUUCGUCAAGAACCUUUUUUAAAGAUCUCCUUUCUAUGGAAGAUUUCUUGAAUAGUUUUUUGUCCAUGGAAGAUAAGUGUGAAUGGCCACCGCCCUUCUUUCUAAAGGUUUUAAAAUUUCAUACUUCAAAGUCAACCUAAACUCCAAAAAAGGUCUUAAAAACAAAUGAAUCUUUCAGAGAAACCUUUUCAAAUUCGACUUUUUAAAAGGUUUUUUUUUUACCCUCAGCCAUAUGGCUAGAGAGGGUAUAUAUCAUUUAAUACGUCCAAAACGUGUCUCAUCGAAAUAACGAUUUUAGAACCUAGGUCUCUUUGGACCAAAUCCGUUUCAGGACAUUUGGAGUCGAUCUAGCGCUAUCCGUCCGUCCGUCUGUCUAGCUGGUGCGCACGAUAACUCUCGAAGAGAGUAUCCUCCUUGAGUUAACUCCUUGAAAAGGCCUUUUUAAGAAGUUUCAGUCUACCACAAAUUUGUCCAGAGUAUAAGUUUGAAAAAAACUAUAGACCAUUAAAGUAUAUUUAAAAAAACAAUAGAAAACUUCGUAAAUUAUUAACUAAAGAACCAUUUUGACAGAUCUCCUUCCCAUGGAGAAUUUUUUGAAUAGUUUUUUGUCCAUGGAAGAUCAGCAUGAAUGACCUACUGCCCUUCUUUCUGAAACAGUUUUAGACUGUAGGUCUCUUUGGACCAAAUUCGUUUCAGGACAUUUAGAGUCGAUCUAGCGAUGUCCGUUCGCCCGUAUAUCCGUCUGUCUGGCUGGCUGGAGCGCACGAUAACUCUCGAAGGGAGCAUCCGAUUUGAUACAAACUCAGUACAUCGUAAUAUUAUUGUCAAACUUAGAUCGUGUUAAGAGGUGGGCAAUAUAGGUCUACUCCUUUUGGUACCUCCCCCACAAAAUGUCAAUAUUUUCAAAACAAAAAGAAUUUACAGCACAGAAGAAGAAAGGAUAUACAGAUUUUGCUCCAUCUUUGCAAAUCCUAAUAUUUGCAUCAGUGCUAGGUCAGAUGCGAAAAUGGACAAUAUUGGGACACUCCAUCCAGUAUCUCCCCCACAAAGGGUCAAAUUUUUAAAUAAUUAUAACUUUUAUAAAAUGUGAUGCAAGUGUGCGAUUGCCUUCAAAUAACACACAUCACAAUAUUUUUAUUAAACCAAGGUCUGGUGUGAAGAUGGCAUAUAUCGGUCUACUCUUUCUGGUACCUUUCCCACGUAAAACACGAAACAAACAUUCGAUUCCAUUCAGACUUCGUACAUCCGAGUAUUUCCAUUAACACAAGGUCUGUUAUAAAGACGGUAGAGAUUCGACCAUUUCUUCUGGUACCUCCCCCAUAAAGGGUCAACCUUUUGAAUAACCAAAAACGAUCAUAAAUUUUGAUGAUUUUAUCUACAUUAUUCACCGAAUUUUUUAUUCAAGUUUCUCAUUUGAAUAUUGUAACGGCUUAAGACAAAAGUUGCCUAUGCAGGUCCACGUCGUCGUAUAGACCCUAAUAUAACGGCUACAUUCGGUAUUUUUAAGAUUUUAACAGAAUUUUUAACGGAUUUUAUUUUUUGAAAUUGCCAAAAUCGUUCCAAAUGCUGGAGGGUAUUCAUAGCCGAAUUUUCUGCUUUUUUACCUGUUAAUUCUGACUUUUGAUAAUGUUUUUUUUUUUUUUUGUGAAUUUUACCCUAACCAUCUUCUAUCGUGCAAAAAAUAAUAUACAUUAAAGACAUGGCGUUGCUUGCUUGUCUGAAACAAUGAAUCUCUUAAGAAACAUAGCAAUUUUCAUGUACUUCCAAAUUAGAUUCAACCUAACCCCAAAAUACGGUUAAAAACAAAUGAAUCUCCUAAUAAUUAGAAAACCCUUUCAAAAAUCUUAUUUUUUUUUUUUGAAACCUCAUUUGGAGGAACUUAAAAAAUUAUUUUUUAGAAUUCUACCCUCAUAAGGACUUCCAAACAUCUUCUAAUCUGAAAAAACUCUGUCCAUUAAAAACAGACCUUGUUUUCUGGUUUGAAACUAUGAAUCUCUUAAAAAAUAUAGUAAUUCUCAUGUACUUUCAAAUUUUAGACUCCAAAUUCAUCCUAACCCACUAAAAGGGUUUUAGAAACAAAUGAAUCUCUUGACAAACAAAAAUUUCUCUUUUCAAAAUGUGUCUCCUCUUCCAAAUGUUACGAAGGAAAACUCUUAAGAAAAACCCCAGUACAAGUUGGUGUAUUGUAAUAUGUAAAUUUUAAAAAUGUUUUUCCUUUUCAAUUUUAAUUUGCAAUUAUUUUUAUUUUUUCAUUAUUUUACCACACAAAAAAAAACAACUGUAUUAUGAAUUGCUAAUUUAUAUAACUCCAUCUUUAAGUAUUAUAUUAUUCUAUACAUAUAUAAUUAUUUUUUUAAAGCAGCUAUCUUUUAGAAUGUUUUUUUUUUAUAAUUUAGCCAUAAGCUGCCUAUGUGAACGCUAUUGUGUUUUUUUAAGUAUAAUAGAUUUGAUGCGUAAGCGAAAAGAAUUAAAAAGUGUGUGUGUUAUUUUACAAUAAACUAUGGCUUGACGAUCCACCAGUAA